GUUUACAAAACUGAUAGCUCGCCCCUUUGACAGUUAGCAUGUAAGCUAAUGAUUUGUAAUGUAUUCUGUUUGUUUUCUUUACAAACAUCCAAUAUUGAAACCCUAUGGACUCAAAGGGACCGUCACCUUAUGCAACAGGUGCUGCAGUAGAUUUUUCACGCAGUAUGGAUGAAGACUCUCUGGUGGAUGGUCCUCUGAUCUCUACUGAUGCUCUCCACUCUGCCAUCCGGAGAGAGUUCCAAACUAUACCAACAUACUGUCAUAGCGGUCUGCUGUCUCUGCUGCAUGUGGUUUAUGUGGUGUUGUCAGUGUGUGUGGCAGUUUUGUGUGUUCUGGAAUAUGGCCAAGUGGAUCAGUGUGCAAAAAUAUUUGGUGUCAUAGGAGGUGACAGUGCCAUUGUGUUUGGGAAGGUAUGUUUAUGGGUGCUGGUGCUGUUGUUUACCGGGUGUGCACAGCACCACCACAGUCGAGCCAGGAAGAAGGGGUACCUGCGAUUCUACAGAGAGAUGCAGGGACUGAUGCACCUGCCGCUUACCAUACAUUCAACAGGUAAUGCUUUACUGCUGGUGCUUCUGAGUGCUGGAUUAUCACAAAAAGUGUGCACCUACAUGCUGCUCAGUAUUCUGGGGGUGGAGCUCCUUGUGGCAUUGCCAUGCUUGGUUUAUUACACAGUCAAAGUGACGCAGUUCAACAGAGUGCGCGCCGCACCAGAUGUGAGCCAAGAAGAGCAUUCACACAACUACAGCAUCACAAGCUCGCCGACUGAGACGGGUUUCAGGGAGGGUUCCAACCUGGAGGAGGUGGUGGAGAAACAGGCCGACCUAAUAGAAUACCUGAAACAGCACAACACCUUACUGAGCAAGAGGCUCCUCAACCUCACCGCUCAGCACUGAGUCCUGCCUGACCUCAUCCUCUUUGUGAACCAGCCGCCACCCUUUUCGUAACAAGAGCCUGAUGGUUUUAACAGCCUGCUCUUGAAGGGAGCAUGCAAAAGAGAGCGGUUCUGUGUUUUUUUUUUUUGUUGUUGUUUUGUUUUAAAGAAGAGCACCGCAGAAACAAGAACCAGUGGAUAAUGCCGGGAUAUCCAUUCGCACAUAUGCACCUGUAUGCACAGAAUGACGGGGUGAGUCUGUGCGAGGCAUCCUCACCUGUGAUGGACAGAUAACCCAGAGGGAGGAAGGUGAGUUGAAGGUGGAGAACAGUUAAAGUGGCACUGUGGGAGGAGGGUCACAGGAGUCAUGGCUCACAGAUCAGAGGUGAGGGGGUUUUAUCACUUUGCUGCGACCCCCGGUGAACUAUGUAUGCCGCUGCUUAUGACUAUGAGAGAAACUGAAAAGAAUAAGGAAAUUGUUUUAGAGAUUAUCUGCACUGAGAGACUGAAGGAGAGGGUGGUUAUCAUUUAUCAGGGUCAACAGAGAGAAUUAAGUAAAGCUGAGCUGAAAUGUCUUUAUAUGUUAUUUUUAUGUCUGAAUGUGCUAUGAGUUAGAUAAAAUAUGUUUGUUGCUGAUUUGGUGAUGUUUUUUCUACUUGUUUAAUCAUUGAUAUUGUGUAUUUGUGAUCAGAUUCUAAUAAAUCUUUAAUAUACUUCUUUAAUGCUUUU